GGUGAGGAAGCAGGCACACAGACAGUGAAAGCAGAACCAGAGAAACGACUGUAAGACAUCAUGAAGCUCCAAACUUCCCUUCUGUUGGUCUGUCUAUUCAGGACAAGCUUUGGUCUUCCAGUGCAGAUUGGAAUUCUUGCAAGCAACAGCAAUGAGAUCCUGAGACUGAAUGGACUAACUCUGGCAGCUCUUGGACAAGCACAGGCGUCUUCAUUAUUACCCCAGUAUGUGCUGCAGCAGCAGCAGCCUGAGGUGCUGCUCACUCCACAAGUGGUGAACCUGAACCCUCAAAUGGCCGGUCCUUUCAGUCCUCAGGGGCCUCAGCUGUUUCUGCCCAACCAGGGCAACCCAUUUACACCUAUGUUUGUUCCCAAUGGCCAGCAAGAGCAGCUUGGGGGUCCAGUGGACCCAAAUGCUCCUAAUGUCCCUCAGCAGGCCCAAAACCCUGUUCAGAUGUUUCCACAUUUCCAGUACCCGGCUUAUGGAUUUCCUCAGUUUCCCAGGCAGCAGGGCUUCUCUUACUUUAUGCCUUCUUACGGCACAUAUCCUCAGCAGAGGAACAAUGCAGUGCUGCAGCCCAACAACGGUCAGCAGCAAACCCUGGAGAGAACCACACAGAGACCACAGCUCCCCCUGCAGCAAGCUUCCCAGCCUAAGGUGCAAACAGAAAGAAAAGAGUCUACUACGAUUCCUCCUGAUCCUCGUGGUGAUGCAUCUGGUCCAGGGAUUGAUGAGGGUCACUCCAACUUCCCCUUCUUGUUCGAGCCUUAG